AUCAAGCUUCUUUCAAAUCCUAAGUUUCUCGUCUCCGAAAAUGUCGCCAACUCUCUCACUUCUGACCCGCGAAGACUGCGAAAAAAUCCUCCACCGAAGUGUCGACUCCCCUGGCCAACUUCUCACGCACAAAAUCCGAAAAUUCAACGACAAUGUUGCGGGAUUUUUGGGCGAACACUACCAACUCACCAUCAAACACACCGCCAAAAAUAACACAACCCAGUCCACUUACUUCGUCAAAGCCCUGCCUUUGACCAACCACAACCAGCUGGAGUACGUCCAAGAGUCGGGAAUCUUCCGAAAAGAGGUGAUCUUGUACCAGAAUCUCUUAACCGAGCUCAACAAAAUUGGAAAUUUCGCACCCAAGUGCUACUUCAUCAAGGACAGUUGCAUCGUUUUGGAGGACAUGAAGACCAAAGGUUUCGAAAUGUUGCAAAAAGAAAAAUAUCUGGAUGAAACACACUGUAUCGCAAUGUUGAAAACUUUGGCAAAAUAUCACUCCUCGACAAUUAUUUACGAAAGGAAACGAAACAUUACGCUGGACCAAAAAUUCAAAGAGGAGAUUAAAGAAGCGAGCUUUUCUUUCACUGAGGGACAGCCGAGGCAAAAGUGGUGCGUUUGUGUCACCAAAUGUGUGAACGAUUUAAUUAAAUUGCUCCCGAUCGAAAACUGUGACACGAUUUGUGCAAAAUUCGAGCGAUUUGUUUUCGAAAAAAUGCCACAAAUGCUCGCACCUUCCAAACAGUUUGUUAACGUUUUAACACACGAUGACUUGUGGUGCAACAAUUUGUUGUUCAACGAUAAGCCGGAGUGCGUUUUUGUCGACUUCCAACUUGUGAGGUACACGCCCCCAGCCCUUGAUUUCCUCAUCAGUUUGUUUCUCAAUCUCCCAUACACUUAUGCAAUGGAUAAUUUCACGAAAAUCGUGGACAUUUACUACAAAUUCCUCGUGGAAGAAUUGAAGAAACACAAUUUGGACGAAAGGGAACUGUCGAGGCAAGAGUUUGACCAAACUUUGGACUUUUACAAAUUAGCUGCUCUGACUGAAACUGCCAUGUAUGCCAGUCAUAUUUACAUCUCGGAGAAAUUAUCGAACGAAAUUGUUGCCGAUUUUCACGCUUACAACGAAUUUUCGUUCAUCAAUCGGAGCAAAUACGCAGUGAAAGAAUUCCAAGAAAAUUCGCACUACCGCGAACGUGUUUCUAGCAUUUUGAAACCUCUGGUUGAGUUAAUUAAAUAAAAAACACGAAAUAUGUAAAUG